CAGGGCAGAGAAAGAAUGGUGGCACAGGAUUUGGCAGGUGAGGGAACAGGAAAAGGCCCUUCUGCCGCCCAGCCUGGGAGCUGUGGAGAGAUCUGGGGAAGAACUGAGCAGAAGGACCUGGAGGAGGAAACCAGCCGUUCAGAGAUCCAGCGCUGGCCCUUCAGGAAUGUCCACUACCAGGAGGCCAAGGGCCCCCGAGAGAUUUGCAGCCACCUCCAUCAGCUGUGCCUUCAAUGGCUUCAGCCAGAAAGGCACACAAAGAUGCAGAUGCUGGACCUGGUGACCCUCGAGCUGUUCUUGGCCAUCCUGCCUAUGGAAGUGGAGCGCUGGGUGCGGGAGUGCGGAGCGGAGACCAGCUGCCAGGCGGUGGCCCUGGCUGAGGGCUUCCUCCUGAGCCAGGCGGAGGAGCAGAAGGAGCGGCAGUCCUUCUUGAUGGCAAUCGCUCAGUGUCCCGAGGGAAGGAGGGAUCUGGCUAAGGACGAGCCAGAUCAGGACACCUCAGCAGGGGAUAGGACAACGUGGUUGGCCUUUGUGGGACCAUCUCUGUUUUCUGAUGGAGCUGAACGAGCUGCUGAACCCUCAGCUCAGGGUGUUGUGUCCUUCGAGGAGGUGGCAGUGUGUUUCUCCAAGGAGGAGUGGUCUUGGUUGGACACCGACCAAAAAGCCCUGCAUACGGAAGUCAUGCUGGAGAAUGCUGGGAACGUGGCCUUUCUGGGAGCCAGUGGGCAGGAACAGGAGAAGGGCAAGAAACCAGUCCAGACAGUCACUCUGAAAGUGGUAAAAGAGGUACUUGCCAAUGAAAUGGAACCAAAAAAGAAUGAAAGAAAUCCAUUCCGAAAUGGGAAAAAGGCAAGCUACCCUUUCCAGGGCACUCAAGUUCAAGACUUACUUGCCCAACAAGAUCCCAGAGGAAAACUACUGGGAACAAAUUUAAUGAAAAGUGGGAAAAUAUUUGAAGAUACAUUGGAUUUCAAUGAAUGCUGCAGAGCUCACUCUAAAGAACAGCAGCCUGAACACAAUACGAUUUUUAGUUUUUCUUUACACGAAAGACUUGACUUGGAAGAAAAACAAUAUAAAUGCAUGGAAUGUGGAAGAAGCUUCAGGUGGAGACCUGCUUUUACGUCACAUAAAAGGAUCCACACGGGGGAGAAACCGUAUAAAUGUGUGCACUGUGGAAGGAACUUCUGUCAGAUUGGAUCCCUUAUUUCCCAUAAAAGGAUCCACACAGGGGAGAAACCAUACAAAUGUAUGCAGUGUGAAAAGAGUUUCCGAGAAUAUGGGUCCCUUAAUUCCCAUAAAAGGAUCCACACAGGGGAGAAACCGUAUAUAUGCACGGAAUGUGGAAAAGGUUUCAGUCAGAGCAGUUCCCUUAUUUCCCAUAAGAGAAUCCACACAGGGGAGAAACCCUAUCAAUGCACGGAGUGUGGAAAGAGUUUCAGUUUGAACAGUUCCCUUACCUCCCAUAAAAGGAUCCACACGGGAGAGAAACCAUAUAAAUGUAUAAACUGUGGAAAGAGCUUCACGGAUUCUAGUUCUCUUAUUUCCCAUAAAAGGAUCCACACUGGGGAGAAAGCUUACAAAUGUGUGGACUGUGGAAAGAGCUUCAGUAUGAAAAGUUCCCUUACUUCCCAUAAAAGGAUCCAUUCAGGGGAGAAACCGUAUCAGUGUGUGGAGUGUGGGAAGUGUUUCAGUCAGAACAGUUCCCUUACUUCCCAUAAACGGAUCCACUCCGGAGAGAAACCGUAUAAGUGUGUGGAGUGUGGGAAGAACUUUAGUCGAAGCAGUGACCUGUUUUCCCAUAAAAGGAUUCACAUAGUAGAGAAACCGUAUCAGUGCGUGGAGUGUGGAAAGAGCUUUAAGUGGAGCAGUAACCUUACUUCCCAUUCAAGGUUUCACACAGGGGAGAAACCAUAUAAAUGUCUGGAGUGUGGAAAGACCUUUAGUAUGAGCAGAUCCCUUACUUGCCAUAAAAGGUUACACAGCGGAGAAAAGCCAUUUACAUGCAUGGAAUGUGGAAAGAAUUUUAGUGAUUCAAGUUCACUUACUUCCCAUAAAAGAAUCCAUAUAGUAGAAAAACCAUAUCAAUGCAUGGAGUGUGGAAAGGCCUUCAGGUGGAGCAGCAACCUUGCCUGCCAUAAAAGGAUCCACACGGGGGAGAAACCAUAUAAAUGUGUGGAAUGCGGAAAGAGCUUCAGGAGAAGUGGCAACCUUUCUUCCCAUAGAAGGACCCAUACAAAGGAGAAACCCUAUAAAUGCACGGAGUGCGGGAAGAGCUUCAGUGAGAGCAGUUCUCUUUCGUCUCAUAAAAGAAUCCAUAUAGUAGAGAAACCCUAUAAAUGCACGGAGUGUGGAAAGUGCUUCAGGUGGAGCAGCAACCUUAGUUCUCAUAGAAGAAUCCAUAUGAGGGUGAACCCAUAUAAAUAUGUGGAAUUUGCAAAGACCUUAUCUCAAAGUCAUUUUACUUCACAACAGUUGGAUUGAUUAUGUUGUGUCGGUGGCGAUUCUUAGGAACGCAAAGAUUUUCUCCAUGACGAUCUAUCCCUAACCUGGUCUUUCAGGUCUUCCAACAGUGCACCCAUUGCUGUUGUCGUCGAGUCCAUCCCCCUUGCUGCUGGCCGUCCUCUUUCCUUCCACCUUUCCCAGCAUUAGAGCCUUUUCCAGAGAGCUGGGUGUUUGCAUAAUGUGUCCAAAGGAGGAUAAUUUGAACCUGGUCAUUUGUGUUUUGAGUGAGAACUCUGGGUUGGUUGGUUUGAUGAUCCAUCGGUUGAUUUUCUUGGCUGUCCAUGGUAUUCUCAGGAGUCUUCUCCAACACCAAAAUUAAAAAGUGUCAGUUUCACAUCGCUGAAUAAGCACAAAUGGAAGUCAUUUCACUCCUAGGUGUGGUUUAAUCUAGGAUGAGAGCUGCAGUUGUAUACUAAGAUCACAGUAGAAAAAAAAUGGGUCCAAGAGCUAAUCUAAGUUUCAUUUUACUUUGUUUGCUUUCAAUUCUAUUAAAAAUUAUUUCAGUUCAUUAGAUACUAAAGUUUCUAUUUCCAGAUCUUGUAUUUAAUCUUUAGCCUCUUCUGUCAUAUUAAAAAUUGACAUUUGCUUGCAA